CCCCUAUUUUAAAAAGAAAAAAUUUCUAGUUCAAAACGCCACGCACUCUCUCACCGCUUCUGCUCUGCUGGAAUGUUUGAUUGAAUUAAACAUGGCGAUGGCUUCUUAUUUUAAUUCAUUGAAAUUCCAUGGUUGUGCUCGUCUUCAUACCUCCAGUAUCCUUCCUCUCCCCCCUGCAAAUGUUGCGAUGAAGCCUCUGGUGAUUGAAGCAAGAGCGAAUCAACGGACGGAGAGCCCGAAAAUUCGCAACAGGAGAACAAGGAAAAAGUUUAACGGAACAGCAGCGCGGCCGAGGCUAUCGGUGUUCUGCUCGGAGAAGCAGCUGUAUGCAAUGUUGGUUGAUGAUCAGAAUAACAAGUGUUUGUUCUAUGGAAGUACUCUGCAGAAAACAGCGCGAAAGGAUCCUUGUUGCUCCACUGCUGAGGCGGCGGAGCGGGUUGGGGAAGAGCUGAUCAAGGCUUGUGAAAGUCUCAACAUAAGUGAGAUAUCAUCGUAUGAUCGGAAUGGUCUGAGCGUAGGACACCGGUUGCAAGCCUUUGAAGUUGCGAUUGCUCGACAUGGUUUUUUGAAUCGCUAGAGAUGUCAUUCUGGUUUCAGCUGAAACCUUCUUUAUUUUGUGGGAAGACAAUAAGUGUCCUACAUCCACUUUAUUUAUAACUCCAUGAUCAUAAGAAUAAGCAACAGAAAAUAAUUUCUUAUUUUUAUAUAAUAGAUUACUUUUGAACCAA